AUGAGAGUGGCAGUUUUUGACCGUAAUUUGAUUACAAGCUUACAUUUCGUGCCACUUGUGGGAAGACGACGGUUUGGGAGGAGAGGCAGGGUCAGGUCAAAUUUGUCAGGUGGUGGUGAAUCUUUUUCCCAAUUACGACUGAGUGAAUCGGUGGUAACAAUACCUGAAGAUAAUCAAGAAUGCUUCUCUGGAUUGCGACUGAGUGACACAGUGGUUGGAGUGUCGGAAGUUGAUCAGGGUGGAUUAGAUGGCAAUGCCAGUGGGGGUGUGUCGAUUGGACCGGGAGCUGGAGAGUCGAAUACUGUUAGCAUGUCGACAGGUGUUGAUUCGAAAUUGUGUGAUGUUGAGAAGGAAGGUGGAUUAGAUGGCAAUUCCAGUGGGGGUGUGUCGAUUGGACCGGGAGCUGGAGAGUCGAAUACUGUUAGCAUGUCGACAGGUGUUGAUUCGAAAUUGUGUGAUGUUGAGAAGGAAGGUGGAUUAGAUGGCAAUUCCAGUGGGGGUGUGUCGAUUGGACCGGGAGCUGGAGAGUCGAAUACUGUUAGCAUGUCGACAGGUGUUGAUUCGAAAUUGUGUGAUGUUGAGAAGGAAGGUGGAUUAGAUGGCAAUGCCAGUGGGGGUGUGUCGAUUGGACCGGGAGCUGGAGAGUCGAAUACUGUUAGCAUGUCGACAGGUGUUGAUUCGAAAUUGUGUGACGUCGAGAAGGAAGGUGGAUUAGAUGGCAAUUCCAGUGGGGGUGUGUCGAUUGGACCGGGAGCUGGAGAGUCGAAUACUGUUAGCAUGUCGACAGGUGUUGAUUCGAAAUUGUGUGAUGUUGAGAAGGAAGGUACAUUAAAUGACAAUGUUAAUGGUGGUGUGUCGAUUAGUUCACGAGCUAGAAAGUCGAUUUCUGUUCGCGUUUUGACGGAGGUUGAUUCGAAAUUAUGUGAUGUUGAGAAUCAAGGUCGGUUAAGCAAAUCUCGUCGUUCCUCUUCCUCUAGCUCUUCCUCAGCGAAAAGACGACGUCUCCUUGGCGAACAGGAUAAAAUCAGUGCAUUGGCGUUGUUGAACGGGUUAGAUGAAGAGAAAAGAACCAAAGAUCGGUCCAGUCAACGAACUUCUUCACUUGGGCAUAAAGAACAGAGUGAUUUGUUGCAUACAAAUCGAAAUCCUGAUAGCAUCCCAUUAAUUAGACCAUUAAGUAUAACCAUUACAGAUAGCUUUUUGGAUUCCUUUGACGAUAGCCAUAUGGAUUCUAUUAAAUCAGUGCCAAAAAAUCCCACUGAUGAGGACUUACCUGCUGAUCAUGAUAAUAACUUACCGACGUCUCCGAAUCGGCUGACAAAUAUUUCUCCAUCACGUAAAGGUCGUCCAAGUGUAAAAUUCGCUUCUUUCGUCGUUUAUGUGGAUAAUCUUGAAGGCUGUAAGCCAAGAAUCUCUUUGGGUCCAAUUUCUGCUCCUGACAUUGGUAAUAAUAGUAAUAAUAAUUAUUCAGUCAACGAGACAACUGACAAAUCAUCAACAUAUCAAAGUCAAUUUUCAUCAUCGGAAGAAAACAAAGAAAAUGAAGAAUUGCAAAGUUGCUCUGGUUUUCAAGAGUCUUCUCUUCCUCCUUCAUAUUCAUCCUCUGUGUUGUCUGAAUCAUCUAUGAUGCAGCAAGUUAACCUUCCAUGGCGUACUCCAUAUGACUGUGAAUUUUUACCAUUUAAGAGGAAAAGACCUCUAUCAAAAAGUUAUAUAGAAAGUGGUGGUAGUUUACGUCGAAGUAAAAGACUACGUGUUCCAGCUUCACAUGACAGAAAUAAACUUGUUGUCUAUGAACCAGAUCAAGAUGAAUAUGGUUUAAUGUAUCAAAAACCUGUUGGUUUAGCUAUAUUACCUGAUUCAGAUGAAGUGAACCGACGUCAAAGAUUUCUUAAUCGUUUAAAACAUUGUCGUGAUAAUAGUCAAUUAUUAAGAAAUAGGAAAAUUUCUCGUGCACGACGUAUAGCAAAACUAGCUCAACGCUAUAGAUUCAUGAAAGGUGUAAAGAAAUCUCCGAUAGCCACAGAAUCCAUAAAAAUUCGACUUGAUCAAGAUGUGGCAUGGACAAAUCCAAUUGAAUCACAAUUACCAAUUGGCGUCAAUAAUACACUACAGCAGGUAAUAUAUCCAGUGAAUGCACAAUUUCCUCAUUUCAAAUUUUCUACAAUGGAAUUUUCGAAUUAUGAUAUUCCUGCCUUAUUUGGUGUUUUCCCUAGUCGAAGUCAAUCGAAUGUACCAUGUUUUGAAGUUGAUGUCAAUUUAACUAGAAUUGUUAGCAGAGAACAAGAGAGACGUCAACUUCAUUAUGAUAGAGAUGCAAUAAACAUAUUUACAUUGACUACAUCUCCUCCUCCUGUUCCAUCAACUUCAAAGGGUCCCUUAAGUCCUUAUGCUGUACAAAUUUCGAGGUUUGCAGUUCCCUUAUUGAAACCAUGCAUUGUGUAUAUUCCAAAAGGUUAGUACUAUUUCAUUGAUAUUAUAUUAUUAUUGUUGUUUCGUUUAAUUCCUAGAGGAAAAUACGGCUUCAGCCG